AUGAAGAAAGGCAACCGCCACUCGAAGCAAAUCAUUGAUGCAUCCAACUCCGAUGAUUCCGAGAAGAGAAUUCACCAACUGGAACUCGAAAACAAAGCUUAUCAGAAGGAGGUUGAGGAGCUGAGAUACAAGCUUGCAAAUGUUUCAUCCACUUCUGGUGAUAAUAGUGCUCAAAAGCUCAGGGAAGAUUACCUUCAAAAGUUGACAUUCCUUGAAGAUCAGGUUACAGUGUUGACGAGGAAGCUAGAUGCUCAAUCGCAACUCUCAACCCAAAGAAGAAGAGGGGAUGAGUCAACAAAACAGUUACAUUUCGAGAUUCAGAGAUUGAAGGCUCAGAAGGUUCAACUGCAAUGUAAGAUGAAGCUAGAGUCUGUGCAGUUCAGAUUGCAUAAGGCUUCAUUGGAAAAAGAAGUUCUUCAGCUCAAAAAAGAUAGUAGGAAAAAUGAACAUGAGAUGCAGAACCUAUUGGACUCCAAUCAAAGACUGAAGAAGGUUUUGCAUCGAAAGAAUAUGGAAGCUUUCAUGGCCACUAAACGGCUUAGGCAGCUGUUAGAAUCUCGCAAGGCUUUGUUGCACAAAAAAGAUGGUGCUAGAAAUGGGAAGAUUGCAGCACUUGAGGGUAUUGAGCAUGAGCUUGAUGACACAACACAGUUACAUGAACUAUGUUCUCAAUAUGAGCGUCAAAUAGAAGAGAUGGCUGAGGAAGCUGCAAACCUUAAGGAUGAAGCAGAAGCACGACAGCAAGAAAUGUCGAGGUGCCCAUGCCAGGAGAAAGAGGUUGACUGCUUGGAGAAGGAUUUAGGUAUUAAAGACCUGAAGGAACAAUUUGUUAGCCUAAGUAGUUUGGUUGGACAACUAAGAUUGAACAAGGCUGAGCUUGAUCAUGGGAGAAAGUCACAGGGUAUUAUGAGUCAACAUUCUGUUUCUGUUGGGAGCAAUAGUUGCAAGUUAGGGGUGGACUGCACAUCUGUAUCAGAAAAUUCUAAUGCCAUAAAAGUCAAAACUGCAUCAACAGUGUGUUGCUCUUGCAGUAAGUAUUCUCUGUGCAAGACGAUGAAAUGCAGAUGUCGAUCCACCGGUGGUGGCUGUGGGGCAUCAUGUGGCUGUGCAGCCUCUAAGUGCAGUAAUAGAGAAGCAGCAGCCCCAAUCAAGUCGGAUGACUCGCCACAAUCAGAGACGCCUGAUGGCGGUUUGAAUGGUUCGAACGUCGUUGAAACAGAGAAGAGUAGCAUAGUGGCUUCCCAAGGUGCAAUGCUGCUUCAGAGUGCACUAGUUGAGAAGCCUGCUGAAUCAAAUGACAAUCUUGGGCCACGAAAGAAACCAUUAUCUGAUAUUGGGAACAUACUGGUGAAUGCAAACGGUGCAAAACCUGGCCAAAGAAAAAAGGGGAGAAAACCGGCAAUCCGGCUUGUUACUGUAGACCCAACUUCCUCACUGCCAGUAAAUAAUGAAGGCCUAAAUGAAGACAAGGAUGGAAUUUAG